CUUUUUAUCUUCAGAUAAAUGGAAGAUUACAUAUAUGACAGUGAUCAAGAUCUAUUUGAAACCCCACCGGCAUUGCUAGCUGACACACUGCAACCAGCACAAGAUUUCUUGUUCUUCUUUGAGGAAACCUCAGAAUUAGACCUCAGUGACUCCAAUACACCAGUAGGGCAGUCAUCACCCCCACCACAAGAGGUGAUAGUGAUCAGUGAUUCUGAUAGUGAAGAAACAGACUUUGAGGACCAUAAUGUCAGUCCAGUGUUUAAACGAAGAAGGUGCAAUGUACUUGUGCAGUCCAGCAGUUCAAAAGUAAGAGAUUCAUCCUGCCAGACGGAAUUAGAGGCACUUACUUAGUAAAACAAAAUAUUUAACAAAAGACAGACUGUUGAAUCUGAUUUAACGGAGUGUCACUCAUUCUUUCUUAAAAACACUCAAGCCGAAGAUAACACACCGGUUUAUAUUGAGAGAAGUACCAUCACUGCUGAAAGGGGUGGUUUGUUAGUUGAUAAAGGAACUGAAAAUCCUGGGGAUCAA